GUCAGGAUUGGAUUGCGCAGGCUACAAUAUAACCGGAUAUAUUUAUAAAUAGGGGCCUAUAUGAAUCGAUUUUAAAAUAAGAAAAUAAUAUUAAUUGUAGAAAACGCCGACUGAACAGAGACAAACCCCUCCUCUCUCGUUAGGCUAACGUUACUUCUUUGUCGACGCAUCUAUUCUGCACUGUGUUCUCUUGUUCUAGGCGGAGAAUUUAAAAACUUCGUUCAAAUACAUAGUUUUACAUAAAUAAAUGGAUGAUUACGGGUUCGGUUUAUUACAGACAGCGACCAUUGGACACAACUCUACCCUUCUCGACGGACGCGCAUUCUGAUCCUAAUGCUCCUCCUCUUCUGCGGUUUCCAUCCGCCAGUUGUGCCCCGGCUCACCCUUGGUUUCGCGCAGUAGCCUCGCUGCCUUGUCCCCACUGUUCCUGUCAGCUGCUGCGCGUCAGCAAAACAUGCAGAACGAGUCUGUGGGGUUGACAACCGAAUAACGACCCUAGUCAACAGAGGAAAACUACAGCAGCAACAACAACACAAUCAAUAAAACCGGGAUACAGCAACCAAACCAAACCAACAACCAGCAGGGAGUCCUCACUUCCCUCACAACCACCUGAACCAGAAUCCAGAUUUUCCAGAUUUUGGUCAUUUUUGCCCGACGCAGUCUAUCUGUGACCUUCAGCACGACCGGAAAAUACAUCAGCAGUUAAGUCAGCGAGCUGAGUUUGGCUGCACUGAGUCGCCCCCACCCCAAGGAAAAUUCAGUCACCUGCCGCAGAGGCAGCCUUUCACCUCUCAAGUCUCCACCGAACCCGAGCGCAGCGCAUACUCUAGACCGGGACAAAUCAGCCGCUCGCCAGUGGAGGAGGCUGAAGCCGAUGUGGAGACUGCCGCGUCGCCAUCGUCCACUUCCGUAAAUCCAAACAAGGUUAGGAUCCAAAUGGACUCCCCCAUUACCCACCAUAUAAAUAACGGCAAUGGCAGUAGCACCGGCAAUAUGUUGUCCGGAGGACUCGGGGGCGGUUUUCCGAACCUCCAGAACCAAGAGAUGCAGAACCCGAGUGGCGCCUCAGCUUCACCUCCCCUCCCUGGAUUCGGAACCCCGUGGUCCGUUCAGACCAGCUCUCCACCACCACCCGUUUCUAACUCGGCCAACCCUAUCCACCACUCAAACGCGAUUAAUCAGAUGCCUCAUACCGACCCAGACAACAGCUUCUAUCCCGGUAUCCCCUCGUCUAUCAACCCGGCCUUCUUCCAGAGUUUUUCUCCGGUGUCGACUAAUCCAUGCCCAGGGAUUAACGUGCAUGGCUUCAGCAGCCAGUUCUCACCCCAGAUCAACGCCCACCAGCAGCCGCAGCAGCAGAGCCGCAGGUCCCCCGUCAGCCCCCAGAUGCACCCCCAGCACCAUCAUCAGCACCAGCAGGGCGCCUUCCUGCAGCAGAGGAACAACUACAACCACCACCACCAGUCCAUGGUGAAGCAGUCUCCCUGGGCUGGCAGUCACCAGGGGAGUGGCUGGGGCUCUGGGAGUAUGUCCUGGGGUCGGGACCACCGUCGUGGGGGAGGCAUGGGCAUCCCGGGCUCUGUCAGCCAGGUUUCCCCCAUGAAGAAGCCCUUCUCCAGUAACGUCAUUGCACCUCCCAAGUUCCCCCGCUCCGCCGGCUCCAUGGGCCCCAAGUCCUGGAUGGAGGAGAACAUGUUCCGAACAGACAGUAACAGUAACACGCUUAUGCCUCUCCAGGAACGCUCUAGAAUGUACGACAGCCUGAACAUGCACUCCCUGGAAAGCUCUCUGAUUGACAUCAUGCGGGCGGAGCAAGAUCCAAUGAAGGGUCGUGUGGGAUGCCCUCAUCCCGGGGCUGACGGCCUGCUCAUGCUCAAUGCAAGGAGCUAUGGGAGACGUCGAGGCCGCUCCUCCCUGUUCCCCAUUGAAGACAGCCUCCUUGAUGAUGGGCACGGUAACCAGGGCAUCCCAGGGCUUGGCCCUAACUGUUACCCCCACCAGAAUGGGGAGCGCAUCGAGCGUUUCUCCCGCAAAGUGUUUGUGGGCGGCCUGCCCCCUGACAUAGAUGAAGAUGAGAUCACCAACAGUUUCCGUCGCUUUGGCCACCUGGUGGUGGACUGGCCACACAAGGCUGAGAGCAAAUCCUACUUCCCCCCCAAAGGUUACGCCUUCCUGCUGUUCCAGGAGGAGAGCUCAGUGCAGGCUCUGAUCGAGGCCUGCAUGGAGGAGGACGGCAAGCUCUACCUGUGUGUCUCCAGCCCCACCAUCAAAGAUAAGCCUGUCCAGAUUCGUCCGUGGAACCUGAGUGACAGUGACUUUGUGAUGGACGGCUCUCAGCCCCUGGAUCCUCGCAAGACCAUCUUCGUAGGAGGGGUCCCCCGCCCUCUCAGAGCAGUGGAGUUGGCCAUGAUUAUGGACCGUCUCUAUGGGGGGGUCUGCUACGCUGGCAUCGACACCGAUCCAGAGCUCAAGUACCCCAAAGGUGCGGGGCGCGUCGCAUUCUCCAAUCAGCAGAGUUACAUCGCUGCCAUCAGCGCCAGAUUUGUCCAGCUGCAACAUGGAGACAUUGACAAGCGGGUGGAGGUAAAGCCCUAUGUUCUGGACGACCAGCUGUGUGAUGAGUGCCAGGGUGCGCGUUGCGGUGGGAAGUUUGCCCCUUUCUUCUGCGCCAACGUGACCUGCCUGCAGUACUACUGUGAGUUCUGCUGGGCUAAUAUCCACUCCCGCGCCGGCCGAGAAUUCCACAAGCCGCUGGUCAAAGAGGGGGCUGACCGCCCACGCCAAAUCCACUUCCGCUGGAACUGAAGAGGAACUCGACCACACGUCACCAUGGCGACACGGUUAGAAGGAACGGUCAAGGAAGAGAGACAUCGCCAGGCAGGAAAAAGUGCAUCACUCUGCCUUUUACCCUAAGCUAUCAGUAUAGAGUACAUAACAGUAUACAGUAUAUAUAUCUUUUGUAGCAGCCAAACACUACAAGCCUCAGUUUUUCACCAAAACCCCCCUCACAUCUCAGGCUCUGACAACUUUUUUGUGGUACUUUAAUGUUUUUUAAGAGGAGAUUUAAAAGAGAUUGAUUUUUUGUAGGUUUUUCAAAUUAUUUUUAUAUGUGAGAUUUAACGUAGAUAUGAGAAUGUUUUUGCAUGGGAGCAGCCCAUCUGUCUGUCUGUCUGCUGCUAGCCACCCCCUAGUGGGUGUAGCGUGCCCUUGUUUCUGGGGAAACCUUGAUUCUAUAAUCUGGACGCCUGCCCCAGGUCAUUUACCAAAGGUAACAAAACGAUAGGAAGCAUAAAAGUGAUACAUUUCUGCCACAAAACAAACUCUUAUUUUUUAUUGUUGAUAAUAAUUUGUUCUUUUUCCCCAUCAGGGAAGACAUUUACAAAAAUUAUGAGGUUAUUUUUGCUCUCUUUUGACCUGAAAAAAUAUUACCUCAAAAUAUGAAUCUGGUUUUUAUUAAUUCUAUUUAACCUUUUUAAUCACAAGCUAUAUUAGAAGCUUUGCUGCUAUAUAUAAUAUAUGAAUAGAUGUAUAGGUGGUAUAUAUUAACGCCAGCUAUAAACCUGAAUCUUGAAAAAUGAAAUGCAGUCCGCACUCACACACUCAUGGCCACCUUUGCCAUGGAAGAAUAGAAUGUGAAAAUUGAAGUGCAUGUUUGUGUCUAUACACCCUUUGCAUGCAAGAUAGACUUAACCAAUACAUGUAGGAUAAAAAAACAACACAAACUACAGAAACUAUAUAACAGAAAACACUAAAAUCCUACUUUGAAUAGCAACAACAACAAAAACGUCAGAAGCCUAGGUGUAAGAAAAUAUAUGUAUAAAAAUGAAGAUAAAGGAAAAUACAUGAAAACGACUUAACAUUAAAAAAUCUUGCAUGCAUUGAUGUUGAUCCGUUGUUUGAAACAUUUACAUACUUAUUAUACAAAAAAAA